AUGGCUACCGAUCUGGCUACCAUGCUGGACACCGUGUGUGUCAGUGUAGCCAACAGCGCUUCAAGCGUGCGGGUGGCUGACACCCUAAAAAGGCAGGCCGCAAACGCUUUCGAAGUGGGGGAGACCCUCACGCCGCAGGACGCUGCCGAUGUCAAGAGGCGGGCGGCGGCGGAUGCGGGCUACGAGGAGGAGGAGGAGGAGGGAAUCCACACUCUUGUUGUGGGGGCCUCAGCGUUCGAGCUCCGUCAGUGGGCCCAUCAUGGGCAUGUCUCGUUUUGGCUACCGCUGUGCGAGGGACGGAGGACCCACUACACGCAGACUACGUUGGCCACCUUGUCGCGAUUCGUGCGGUAUUACGGGGAGGCUUGCGAUGUGGCCUUGGCGACGGGCGUAUCUAUGUUUCCGAUGGAGCUGCUCUUCGAGGAGCUACCGACACUCGGCAGUGCCUUCGUCUUCAUCCGGCGGCGGGGCGGAAUCACGCUGUACGCCAUGGUGAACAACGACCACGCCCAGGAGAUCCUUGAAAGGCUCCGGGCGUCCACGGGCCCGUCGUGGUGGAUGUGCUCUUCCUCGACGGCCGCAGCGGUCUGGGAUACUAUGGUCGACCCGGCGCGGCUGGCACGCUCGUACACGUGGGCCACCGAGAAAGGGCUUUGCGAGCGGAUCGUCAGGUUUCCUAACUGCCAGGUCAAGCAGUAUGCCAGGGCGUACACGACCGACGAUGGCGCGUCCACCUUUGUGGAGGUCGUAAACGGGGACGAGACCAUGCAAUCCCUGAGUCGGCAGCAGAUCGAGGGUCAAGCGAGCCUGGUUGGAUGCGACGAGGAACCGGAGGGGCUGCGCAAGAUCAAAAAGUUGGCUGCGCAACAGAUCAACGAGUCUGUGCCAUCACCCACCAGUGUGAG